UUUUUUCUGACAGGGGGCGCUGUUGCUUCACAAUGUGCGCAUUACACGAAUCACACGCACGAGUGUACAUUUAAACACACAUUUAAAAGGUUUAUUGUGCGCAGGUAAGAGUAGUUCACCUCAGCGGAUUAUUUGAGCUUCCGGUUCCCCGCAGAGACAUUUAAGAAGAACAUCUCCCGGGACUUGUUGUAAUUCUCACAUGAUCGUCGCGUUUGUUGCUGAUCUCCAGGAAACGCAAAAGCUCGGCGCGCACGCGUUCGGUAUUUUGCGAGGACUACGCUGCGUCUACAGUUUCGCAGUUACAGUAACAUUUAUGCUCACGUUUAAUCUUUAAAUAUCUCCACCGGUAUUCUUGUUUCCUACUUCCCGGAAAUAUCUCACCGGACUUUCUGAUCCACUUGUGGAGUCGCUCGGUCUGUCUGCGGCCAUCAUGUGCGCGUGCAUGUAAAAAAAAACAUUGUGUUUGUUUGCAGUUAAUUGAAUAGCCGGACGCUUCAACUAAGCGUUAAAAUGCCCGCUGCGCGCGAGAUCGGGAUGAUGGGCGCAGCGCUCGCGCUGACGGGAGGCGUCGCGUGCGCCGUCUGCUAUUUGAUGCGCACAAACAAACCCGAGGAAAGAGCGAAAGACGAGCAAAAUAAAGACAAACGCGAGAAGGAGCAUGAAAGCACCAAGACCGGCACCACACAGAAACAGCCCAUAAUAAAAGAGCCCAGGAGUGCAGGUACACAGGUGCUGUUUUUGGGUUUGGACGGGGCAGGAAAGACGAGUUUACUGCACUGUUUUGCCACGGGCAGUCUGGAGCAGGACGUGAGUCCCACGGAGGGAUUCAAUGCCAUCUCCGUCAACAAGGAAGAGCUUCAGAUCGAGUUCCUAGAGAUCGGAGGCACAGAGAAGCUGCGGGAUUACUGGCAGAUGUAUCUGUGUAAAGCUCGUCUUCUGGUGUUCGUGGUGGAUUCUGCAGACGCCGAGCGCUUCUCUCUGGCUAAACAUCACCUGCAUCAGCUCCUGUCUGCUGACCCCUGUCUGCCCCUGGUGCUGCUGGCCAACAAACAGGAUUUGCCAGCGGCCCGUGGCAUCACUGAUCUCUACGGAGCGUUGGAAUUGGGGAACGUUGGUGACGGGCAUCGUCUCAGUGUGAUCGGUACACAGGUGAAGAAGGGAAAAUCUGAGACCAACACUGGUGUGCAGGACGCCCGUGACCUCAUCAUUGAGAUGAUGUCGGAAGAUUGAGUACGUGUUUGAAACGGAUGCCCUCAGAUUCUCUUCUCACUACAACAUGCGAAUGUCUCCAUCCUUCUGAGUUUCAUGAACACCAAAGAGUCUUCAAUCCAAACGAGAGACUGUUUCUGUAAUAGUAUGGCGGCUUGUAAUAGUUUCAUAAAUAUGGUAAUUAGAUGAACUGUUAAAUAGAUGAUUAUCAUAAUGGUGGUUUGCUUAACAUUUUCAUAAAACAAUAUUUUGAGUAUUUUGCAAUACAAAGAGAAUUAUUUUAGUUUCUUGCUGCUGAUGUGGUUUGUGUGAUGUUUAUUUUCAUUAAUACGAUGCUUAAAUUGGUUUACAGUGUAUCUGACUGAUAAGUCAAAAAGGAAAGGCUAAAGUUCAAUGUUUGUAUAUUCAUUUUGUAACUUGAUUUAUGUCAUACUUUUAAAGUAUGAAAUCUGAUGUCAAGAUAUUUUGUGAUGGUAUUUUGAUGAACUUUAAAUACUGAUUAAAGUUAUUAAAUAUC